AUGAAAAUGGCGAGACGAUGUCAUCUGCUGCUCUUGCUAGCCCUGGUGUUCCACAGCUCCCGUACCGAGGAGGUCUUCCAGCCUACACUGGUGCUAGACAUGGCCAAGCUUCUGCUGGAUAAUUACUGCUUUCCUGAAAACCUGGUGGGGAUGCAAGAAGCUAUCGAACAAGCCAUUAAAAAUGGUGAGAUCUUGGACAUCUCUGAUCCCACGCUUCUGGCAACUGUUCUGACCGCCGGGGUGCAGGGUGCCCUGAAUGACCCACGGCUGGUGAUCUCUUACGAGCCUUGGACACCAGUUGCCCCCAAGCAAGAAACGGAAGUUUCUCCAACAUUGGAGCAGCUCCUAGAUCUCAUCCAACAUGCAGUGAGGUCUGAGGUCCUGGACGGCAACGUGGGCUACUUAAGGGUUGACUACAUCAUUGGGCAGGAGACGGUACAGCAGAUAGGCGCCUUCCUCGUUGAAAAGGUAUGGAAGACCCUGAUGGAGACUUCAGCUUUGGUGCUAGAUUUACGUCACACCACCGGAGGGAAGGUCUCGGGCAUCCCGUUCAUGAUCUCUUACUUACACAACGAUGACCAAGUGUUGCAUGUGGAUACGGUAUACAACCGGCCCUCCAACAGCACCACCGAAAUCUGGACCUUGCCAAAAGUGCUAGGUGCACGGUACGGCAAGGACAAAGAUGUCGUUUUGCUGAUAAGCCGAUACACCACGGGGGUUGCUGAAGCCGUGGCCGACAUCCUCAAACACAUGCAACGGGCCAUAUUAGUGGGAGAAAGGUCCGCAGGGGGCUCCUUGGACAUCCGGAAGUUGCCGGUUGGGGCUUCCCACUUCUACAUGACAGUUCCCGUGUCUCGUUCUGUGAGUCCCUUGAGCGGUAGUGGGCAAACCUGGGAAGGUAGUGGGGUGGUGCCCGACGUUGCAACUUCAGCGGAACAAGCGCUAGAAGAAGCCCUGGCCAUACUUGCGCUGCGCAAAGCUAUCCCGAGCAGCAUCGACCACCUGAUUAACAUCCUGCGGAACAACUACUCUAUGGUCGACCGGGUGCCCUCACUAUUGCAGCGCCUCGCCACUUUUGACCACUCUUCCGUCCUGUCCGCAACAGACCUGGCUUCCAAGCUCAACGCUGAGUUGCAGGCCGUGUCGGAAGACCCACGCCUCUUGCUGAGGGUCGCCCCUUCAGGGGAGGCUGUCACUGUGCCAGCUGAGUAUCGGGCUGCCCUGGCCACCGACUUGCCCGAUGACGAGUCGUUUCUGCAAGCGCUGGUAGACACUGUCUUCAAAGUGUCGGUGCUACCGGGCAACGUAGGCUACAUGCGCUUUGAUGAGUUUGCUGAUGCUUCAGUGCUGGGCAAGCUAGGGCCUUACAUUUUGCGCCGAGUCUGGGAGCCACUGCAAUCCACGGACAACUUGAUUGUGGACCUGCGCUACAAUCCUGGAGGCCCGUCCUCAAGCGCCGUGCCAAUUUUGCUUUCCUACUUCCAAGACCCCUCCGCAGGCCCUGUGCGCCUCUUCACAACCUACGAUAGGCGCACAAAUCACACCCAGGACUACAACAGCCAGCUUGGACUGUUAGGCAAACCCUACGGCACACAGCGUAGCGUCUACCUACUCACCAGCCACCACACAGCGACAUCCGCUGAGGAAUUUGCCUACCUUAUGCAGUCCCUUGGCCGCGCCACCCUGGUUGGUGAGAUCACGGCAGGCAGCUUGACUCACACGCACACAUUUUGCAUCAUGCAGCCAGGCAAGGGGUCAGGCUGUGGCCUUUUCAUCAAUGUGCCCAUCAUCUCCUUCAUUGACAACCACGGGGAGUGCUGGCUUGGUGGUGGGGUAGUGCCCGAUGCCAUUGUGCUGGCGGAAGAGGCACUUGAGAAAGCCAAGGAUGUGCUGGAGUUCCACAAGAGCAUGGGGGCACUUGUGGAGGGGGUUGGGCAAUUGCUUGAGGCUCACUAUGCCAUCCCAGAAAUGGCCAGGCGAGUCGGUGGCGUGCUCAUCGCGAAGUUGGCUCAAGGCGGGUAUUACACUGCGGUGGAUUUUGAGACACUGGCUUCUCAGUUGACCGGCGACCUCCAAGAGGCCUCCGGAGAUCACCAGCUACACAUUUUCCACAGCCACGUGGAACCUUCCCCAGAGGACCAGCCGCCUUACAAGACUCCUGACCCCGAGGAACUAAGUUACAUCAUCGAGGCGCUCUUCAAAGCGGACGUGCUGUCAGGCAACGUGGGGUACUUGCGCUUUGACAUGAUGGCCGAGGCAGAGACGCUGAGGGCUGUCGGACCGCAGCUCCUGCACAUGGUUUGGGAGAAGCUGGUGGGCACCUCGGCCAUGAUUGUCGACAUGCGCUACAACACGGGCAGCUACUCCAGUGCCGUGCCGAUCUUUUGCUCCUAUUUCUUCAAUGCUGAGCCCCAGCUGCAUCUUUACACCGUCUUUGACCGGAGCACUUCUCGCAGUACGGAAGUGUGGACCUCGCCCCAGGUGUCUGGCAAGCGUUACGGCACAGCGAAGGAUGUCUUCGUUCUCAUUAGCCACGUGAGCGGCUCGGCUGCUGAGAUCUUCACCCGCUCGAUGAAGGACCUCCAGCGGGCCACCGUCAUAGGGGAGCCCACUUUGGGCGGCUCCCUCUCGGCAGGGAUUUACCGCCUGGGCAGCAGCCCCCUGUACGCCUCCAUCCCCAGCCAGGUGGUGCUCAGUCCAUUCACCGGCAAAGUGUGGAGCUUGUCUGGGAUGGAGCCGCACGUCACCACCCAAGCAUCAGAAGCUCUGGCUGCCGCUCAGAACAUCAUCGCCUUGCGUGCCAAGCUGCCCCACGUUCUGCAGGUGGUGGGCAAACUGGUCGGCGACAACUAUGCCUUUGCCGACCGUGGGGCCGAAGUGGCCACAAAGCUUGCUGGCCGUGCCCAUAGAGACGUCUACAGAAAGAUCAACAGUGAGGCAGACCUUGCGGAGGCCGUGGCAGCUGACCUGCAGGCUCUUACCAGAGAUGCGCACGUGAAGAUAGCCCACAUCCCCGAGCAUCAAAAGGAACGCAUUCCUGGGAGCGUACCCAUGCAGAUUCCUUCCCCAGAAAUGUUUGAAGACUUCGUUAAGUUUUCUUUCCACACAAAUGUCUUUGAAAACAACAUUGGUUACCUGCGGUUUGAUAUGUUUGGAGACUGUGAACUCCUAUCCCAACUUUCUGACCUGCUAGUGGAACACGUCUGGAAGAAGAUUAUUCACACAGAUGCCCUGAUCAUUGACAUGAGAUGUAAUGUAGGGGGCCCAACUUCUGCAAUAGCAAAUCUGUGCUCCUAUUUCUUUGACGAAGGACGCCCGAUUCUUCUGGACAAAGUAUACAACAGACCAAACAAUACUACUAGUGACAUUUGGACCCAUUCACAGCUCAAAGGUGUAAGAUAUGGCUCCCAGAAAGGCCUGGUCAUCCUCACGAGCUCUGUGACCGCAGGGGCUGCGGAGGAAUUUGUGUUCAUCAUGAAGAGGCUGGCAAGAGCCUUCAUCAUUGGGCAAAGGACCAGUGGGGGCUGCCACCCACCUCAGACGUAUCAUGUGGACGGCACCAACCUUUAUAUUACCAUCCCAACAUCCAGAUCCACCCUUUCUGCUGACGACACCUGGGAGGGCGUGGGAGUAAGCCCUCACCUGUCCGUUUCUGCCGAGGUGGCCCUCAUCAGAGCCAAAGAGAUGCUCAACGCACAUCUUCACACUCCCAGCUAG